AUGGCGGACACUGGAAAUCCAAAAGGCGCUGUCAGGAGACGUACAACGUCGCCGGGUGGGAAUAAAACUGUUUCACGUUCUGGUGGUAGUUCUUCAACCAUGAUGAAGUUAUACACUGAUGAUGCCCCAGGUUUAAAAGUAGAUCCGGUUGUUGUCGUCGUUCUUGCACUUGCGUUUAUCGGAUCCGUAUUCAUUCUUCAUAUUUACGGAAAAUUUACCCGUGGUUAA